GGGGGCUCUCCCUGCAGGCAGGACUGGGCCUGGAGGGCCUCCUCAUACUUCUGGAGCUGAGACCAGAAGCCCGGAUUCGGUUCUGCUACUGGGCGAGCGCUCUUCACCAUCUGCAAACAAGAAGUGCAUUGAAUAACCCCAAGCCGCGCUAAUAGCCAGAAAGGGCCAAAGCGGGCCCAGCUCUGAGUGGGCCCCGCCCAACCCGGAAGUGCAUCUCUACUUCCCUAAGCCCGCCCUUACGAGAGAGACCCGCCCCUCCCGGAAGUACCUCUCCCAAUCCCGAGGCCGGCCCCGCCCGGAAAACCCGUCCCCGGAAGACACGCCCCUCUCGGAACACCGGCCCCCUAAAGGCCCGCCCACCUGGAAGGCCUGCGCCAAGCUGAGGCCGCGAUGCCGCAUGAGGUAGGCGGUGCAGACGGCGGCUGAGCGGCUGCGGCCGUUCUUGCAGUAGACUAGGCAGGCGCCGCCGGCGCGCACCGCGGCCUCCAUGGCGGCGCACGUGGGCUCCAGGUGCGCCAGCAGGUCCUCAGCCGGGUCGUCGAACACGGGCACGCGCAGCUCUGCCACGCCGGGCGCGCGCGGGCCGGGCUGCUGGCGGGAGACGUUGACGCACAGCGUGACUCCCGCGCGCGCCAGCUGCUCCUCCGCGCCCGCGGCUCGCGCGCUCCCGAGGAAGAGUGAGGGCGCGACGCGCACGAAUGGCGGAGGUUGGAAGACCACAGGCAUGGAAGGGGACCAAACCUCCUUUAGCUUAGAAGACGAAGUCUCUGGGGCUGGCAGCCCCCAACGCCCGCUAGAGGGGAAGGGCGGCGAGACCCCUGCUGCCGAGGAGCCGGGGUCCCUGAAGAACUAUGCUGUCUUCGCCACAAGGGAUGUUUCAGCUGCCCCUGAGAAGGAAGAGGAGGAAUCUGAGGGCCCGCUGAGGGCGCAGGACCUGAGGGAGGCCUACAUCCAGCUCGUCCAGGGUGUGCAGGAGUGGCAGGAUGGUUGCAUGUACCAGGGGGAGUUUGGGUUGAACAUGAAGCUUGGAUAUGGCGAAUUCUCUUGGCCCACAGGCGAGUCAUACCAUGGGCAGUUUUACCGGGACCACUGCCAUGGCCUGGGUACCUACAUGUGGCCAGAUGGCUCCAGUUUCACGGGCACAUUUUACCUCAGCCACCGAGAAGGCUACGGCACCAUGUACAUGAAGACACGGCUUUUCCAGGGGCUGUACAAAGCGGACCAGCGGUUUGGGCCAGGGGUCGAGACCUACCCCGACGGCAGCCAGGACGUGGGGCUAUGGUUCCGAGAGCAGCUUAUCAAGCUGUGCACCCAGAUCCCCAGUGGCUUCUCCCUCCUCAGCUACCCUGAGUUCUCCAGCUUCAUCACCCACAGCCCUGCCAGGAUCAGCUUCUCAGAAGAGGAGAAAACGGAGUGGGGACUGCAGGAGGGACAGGACCCCUUUUUCUAUGAGUAUAAGCAGUUUCUUCUGAAUGACAACCUAACGCUGCCUCCAGAAAUGUAUGUCUACUCGACCGACAGUGACCACCUGCCCAUGACAAGCUCUUUCCGCAAAGAGCUGGACGCCCGCAUCUUCCUCAAUGAAAUUCCUCCGUUCGUUGAGGAUGGAGAACCCUGGUUCAUAAUCAAUGAGACCCCUUUGUUGGUCAAAAUCCAGAAGCAAACUUACAAGUUCAGGAACAAGCCGGCUCACACAAGCUGGAACAUGGGCGCCAUCCUGGAGGGGAAGCGCAGCGGCUUUGCACUCUGCGGGCCCAAAGAGCGGCUUUCCAUGGAGAUGAUCCUAAAGGCUGAGGAAGGGAACCACGACUGGAUUUGUAGGAUCCUGAAGGACAACUUUGCUAGUGCCGACGUGGCGGACACAAAGGGCUACACUGUGCUUGCUGCGGCUGCCACUCACUGCCACAACGACAUUGUCAACCUUCUCCUGGACUGUGGGGCUGAUGUGAACAAGUGCUCAGAUGAGGGUCUCACGGCACUCAGCAUGUGUUUCCUCCUCUACUACCCCGCCCAGUCCUUCAAGCCCAAUGUUGCUGAGCGGACCGUACCUGAGCCCCAGGAACCUCCAAAAUUCCCAGUUGUUCCAAUCCUUUCAUCAUCAUUUAUGGACACAAACCUGGAGUCUCUGUACUGUGAGGUGAACAUGCCUUCCCAGGGUAGCUAUGAGCUGACACCACCGCCAACACCACCGCCACUGCCGCACAUCUCGGGCAGCCAGGAGGGCGGCCACUCCCAGGACGCCGGGCAGUGUGGGGAGUCCGUGGACCACAGGAGCAGCUCUCUGAAGGGGGACUCCCCAUUGGUGAAGGGCAGCCUUGGCCAUGUGGAAAGUGGGCUCGAGGACGUGCUGGGAAAUACAGACCAGAGCAGUCUGUGCAGUGCUGAGACAAACUUUGAGUCCAACGUGUGUGUGUGCAACUUAUCCAUCGAGCUCUCGCAGGCCACGCUGGAGAGAAGCGCCCAGUCCCACAGCUUGCUGAAGAUGGCCUCGCCCUCACUGGUCACCAGCAGCUUCGACAAAGGGACCAUGCGGAGGAUGGCGCUGUCCAUAAUCGAGCGGAGGAAGCGUUGGCGGACCAUCAAGCUGCUGCUGCGCCGGGGCGCGGACCCCAACCUGUGCUGCGUGCCCAUGCAGGUCCUGUUCCUCGCUGUGAAGGCCGGGGACGUGGAUGGGGUGAGGCUGCUGCUGGAGCACGGGGCGAGGACCGACAUCUGCUUUCCCCCGCAGCUGGGCACCCUGACACCACUCCAUAUCGCUGCUGCCCUUCCUGGGGAGGAGGGCGUACAGAUUGUGGAGCUGCUGCUGCAUGCCAUCACCGAUGUGGAUGCCAAGGCAUCCGACGAGGAUGACACUUACAAGCCCGGCAAGCUGGACCUGCUGCCCUCAAGUCUGAAGCUCAGCAACGAGCCAGGCCCUCCCCAAGCCUACUACGGCACGGACACAGCCCUCCCCGAGGAGGGGGGCAGGACGGCUCUGCACGUGGCCUGCGAGCGGGAGGACGACAACAAGUGUGCCAGGGACAUAAUCCGGCUCCUUCUAUCCCACGGAGCAAAUCCUAACCUGCUGUGGAGUGGCCACUCCCCGCUCUCCCUGUCCAUUGCCAGUGGGAAUGACCUGGUUGUGAAGGAGCUCCUGACCCGGGGAGCUGACCCCAACCUGCCCCUGACCAAAGGCUUGGGCAGUGUCCUGUGUGUUGCCUGUGACCUGACCUAUGAGCACCAGAGGAGCAUGGACAGCAAGCUGGCCCUGAUUGACCAACUCAUCAGUCACGGGGCCGACAUCCUGAAGCCCGUGAUGCUCAGGCAGGGGGAAAAGGAGGCGGUGGGCACAGCCGUGGACUAUGGCUACUUCAGAUUCUUCCAGGACCGGAAGAUUGCCCACUGCCCCUUCCACACGCUGAUGCCGGCAGAGCGUGAGACGUUCCUGGCGCGGAAGCGGCUCCUGGAGUACAUGGGCUUGCAGCUACGCCAGGCUGUCUUCGCCAAGGAGAGCCAGUGGGACCCCACGUGGCUGUACCUGUGCAAGAGGGCGGAGCUGAUCCCCAGCCACAGGAUGAAGAAGAAGGGCCCCAGCCUGCCCAGGGGCCUGGACGUGAAGGAGCAGGGGCAAAUUCCCUUCUUCAAGUUCUGCUACCAGUGUGGCCGCUCCAUCGGGGUCCGCCUCUUGCCCUGCCCUCGCUGCUACGGGAUCCUGACCUGCAGCAAGUACUGCAAGACCAAGGCCUGGACCGAGUUCCACAAGAAGGACUGCGGGGACCUGGCAGCCAUUGGUAGGUCGGUCCUCAGGCUGAGAGGCAAGGGUUCCGCUGCUGCUGAGGGUGAAGGUGCAGGUCUGGGGUGCUGGUGAGGGGCACCCUCAUUUCCCGAAAUCUCUCCAGAUUCAGGCCACUUUUCCAACAUUUCCAGAUGGGCCUGUUGGGAGGUGGGCAUCGGGGCCACUGAGGCAGCCUGGCUCUUCCUCACCUACUGUGGCAGCAUGAUGCUUGUCCUUGCCCUGGAAGGGGACACCACCCCAUCCCUGCAGAGCUGGAACAUGAACUCCUGGGGGCUCUGCUGACACCUGGGAGCUUCACUGAACUCCUAGGGGGCUCUGCUGACAUCCAGGGGCUUCACUGACACCUGGGAGCUCUGCGGGACACCAGUGCCUCUGGACCACAGGGCAGUUGGCCUUGGGGUUCCUUCAGGAAAUUUCCUCCCAGCCUGCCGUCUCAGAUGUCUGUCUUAGUGCGGACGUCAACAGGUGUCUGCUUCUAGAAACACCCUGCUCUCCUGCGCUCCCCUCUUCCCCUCCUUGGUGUGACCAGGGCCCGGUGCCGCAAGGGUGGCGGGCGUCGCCGAGGCUGGUGUGUGAAGCUGUGCAGUGGUGGCUGCUCUCCUGGGACCUGGCUGGGUUCCCGGCCUGGUGGGGAUGGGAGUGGGUCUGGGAAAGCCCCUGCCCUUAGGCCUGCGGCCUGAAGUGAAUGGCUGCUGACCUCCUUCCCCCUCCAUAAAAGGGGGCUUUUUUUUUUUCUUUUGAGAUAGAGUCUUGCUCUGUCGCCAAGCCUGCAGUGCAGUGGC